AUGGCGCUUACCUCGUUGCUGUCCAUUGCGCCAUUCCUCACCGUAGCGUACACCCGGGAAAUCACUUUUCCACCCGUCGCCGGAUACGGAUCUCAGCAGGUUAUUCCUCAGGGACUAUUCGAGUCCGAUGUUACUCAAGCCAAGUUUGCAGGACUGUCGACAUAUGCCAACCUGCCAUAUGUACAUUGUCUCGCGCCCGAAGGAGACGAUGUUGAGCCGUUUGACAUUGCUAUCCUUGGCGCGCCAUUCGACACUGCUGUAACUGCUCGUCCUGGAGCGCGCUUCGGCCCUAGUGGCAUUCGAGCUGGAUCACGUCGGCUAGGUCCUUUGUGGAGCGUUUAUACUGGAGAAAAUGUCUACUUCGAUUGGGCCAAGAUAGUCGACUGCGGUGAUGCUCCGUUGACUUUCUUGGACAACACAGUAGCCCUAAAGCAGCUUGACAGAUCCCACAAGAUCAUCUCUUCCAGAAAAACCAACUCAACCGAGCAUGGUGGUACACCAAAGAUUAUCACUCUAGGGGGCGAUCACACCACCACAUUACCUGCGCUACGAUCAGCCUAUCACCACUGGGGUCAAGUCAGUGUGAUUCAUUUCGACAGCCAUUUAGACACUUGGGAUCCAGAGGUGUUGGGCGGAGGGAUUUCCCACUACGCUGGCGUCAACCAUGGAACGUUUCUGCACAUUGCACACGAAGAAGGCUUGAUCAGGAAUUCAUCGAUCCACGCUGGCAUCCGAGGAGCAAUUUUACGACCAAAAGGUGAUAUCCGAAAUGAUAUCCGCUGUGGCUUUGAGAUGGUCAAGGCCCGGGACAUUGAUCGCAUUGGCGUAUCGGGAGUUAUCGAGAAGUUGAAGGCGCGAGUGGGGGAUAGUAAGGUGUACAUCAGCGUUGAUAUCGAUGUGCUGGACCCGGCUUUUGCUCCUGCCACGGGAACUGCCGAGGUUGGUGGCUGGAGCACACGAGAGUUACUCUCUAUCCUGGAUGGUCUUGAGGGAAUGGAUGUAAUUGGCGCUGAUGUUGUUGAAGUUGCCCCUGUAUACGACAAUGCCGGCGAGACAACAGUUUUGGCAGCUGCAGAAGUAGUACAAUCCCUCAUUGGAUUGAUGAUCAAAGCGCCAGCUUGA